UCGUGCUUCGUGAAGAACCGACGAUGUAUAUCGAAUGAAAAAUUGUCAGAUAUCAAUGAUGAUUCGUCUUCGAAAUUAUCGUUUUUGCGUUCUCUGUACAAUUUGAACGGCUCGCCAUGACACGUAAAACAUUUAGAACCUUAUUUAUUACUCUUGUCUUUCAAGUAGUUGUAAUUGGUGUUUUAGUGCACUCGACAUCCGAAAAAUGUCCACUGUUAUGCGACUGCGAUAUUUGGUAUGGAUUGCAAUCUGCCUCUUGUGUCGGACGCCAUCUUUAUAGCAUUCAUACAGGUGUGCCAAGCACCGUGCAAGCUUUAGAUUUGUCGAAUAAUUCGAUAUCUAUUUUAAAUAAUUAUGAACUAGCGGAUGCAGGAUUGUUGAGACUUAAAUACCUCAAUCUUUCUACAAAUGCAAUCAGCGAGAUUGGCUUAAAUGCUUUCGAUAGAUUAUCUGAAUUAACAGUUCUUGAUUUAUCUCAGAAUCAUCUUUACUACCUUUUGUCGGAUAUUUUUAUAUCAGCAAAGAAUUUACGAAUACUUCGACUCUCAAAAAAUAAUUUUAAUUCUCAAGUACCAAAAUUGAAGAAUUCUUGGCUCACGGAUUUAAUUCUGAGUUCUUGUCAAAUUAGCUAUGUACCGAUGGAUGCUUUUUUCGGACUUUCACAUCUUCGUAAUCUUGAUCUUUCAAAUAACUUGAUGAUUCAAUUAGAUAAUGUCGUCUUGAAUAGAUUGCAAUUUUUAAAAACAUUAUCAAUAGAGGGAAAUCCUUGGUCCUGUGAUCAACUUACGCGUGAUUUACAAAUAUAUUUGGCUCGUAGGAAUAUACAAUAUUAUCCAAUAUGCAAAAAAAAUUUAGAGCCAAAGAAAUUUGAAAAAAUGAUUGUCUAUAAUCCACAGAUAAAACAUCGUUCCUCGAUCAUUUCAGAUUCAAACGUUAAAAAAAAUGUGAUAACAAAAAAGCACUCUACAUUUACACCGAUAUACAAAAAUAUGACUACUUGUGUUAAUGCGACAAACAAUGCGAACUUUACAAAAACAUUAAAUGCUAUAUCGUCGUAUUGGCUCCUCGCACUUGGAUUUUUAGUUGGUAAUGCCUGUGGCAUGUUUGCAUGUUAUAUUUGGCUCACAAAGAAAAUAUCUUGCUGCUGUGGCUAUCGCCAGCCAAGAGAUAACGAUGCUCAAAGAAUUUCGUUACUGCAAAGUUUAUGGCAGUUUGAAGAUUCUGUUUUCCAUGAAGACGCGGUAUCUUGUCCUGAUACUCCACCGCCACCAUAUCGUGAAGUCAUGCUGCGACCAGGGCUUUAUCGUAAUCCAAGCGUUACAUUAAACUUAAAUGAUGAUGCUGCCACAAAUAGUACAGGGUAUAAUUAGAUUAUAAGAUAAUGUUAUAUUAUUAUUAAUUUGUAAAACGACAUUAAUGCAUAGAUAAAUGUAAAAUAUGUUGAUAGUACUCAUUUAUAUUGUUUGCAUUUAUGAAAAAAUAUC